AUGGAUGCGGUAGAAGCAGCACGGCGCUCCAGAUCCAUAGCCUAUCGCAGAUUCGAUAGGAUUGCAAAGAGGUUGCAGGGCACGGUUGUGCGAAGUUCUAAUCGAGCCCAGCUGGCUGUUGACAUUGAGGAUAUUCGUGCACUAAGAGACAGCAUUAACGCUUUUUUAGAAAAUGAGAGAAUGAUCGUCGAGUCUCAGUUCGACGAGGAGGCACUAGAUACUCUCGACCAAUGGUCAGAAAGAUUUGACAGAGAAUGCAUGAUAAUCGAGGAACGGGAGGCUCAGCUGGAGGAAGCAGUAGAACGAAGUUCACUUGCUAGCGAGAUUGGUAGUGCCGACAAAGCUAGAAGUGUAGUGGAUUGGGUGACGAAGCAGCAAAAUGUUCGGUCACUUACAAACCUGUUUGAAAAUCACAGGCAAAUGGCAGCAAUGGAUUCUCCUCAAUCAUUGUCUGAGGGGAAGGGCUUUCUCCCCAAGCAGAUGCAACAAAUGAAUGGGUCAAUGGGAAAUCAACAACUCCUACAUCCACAACAACCAGAUACCACACACACAUCUCAACAACAUGACCUACCCACCUCACAUACUACACGGCACCUUAUAUCACACCAACCACACGUUGAACUGACUACUUCUCAGUCUGACAGCAUGCAUGGUUCACACUUCCCUGCAACAUCCACACAAGUACAUAUACAAAGCAACAACACAGCUUCACCACCAUCACACCACACCAUCCAUCCUGAACUGCAACAGGCCGACACUCUCAUGAAUGCCCAGUCACGCACCACUCCGCACACACAACCACUGAUACACAGUACACACAUGGUCAACACCAACCAUCAGCACCCAAACACCUCAACAACUAAUGGCUGUAAUCCAACAGUGGCUGAUGUCAGGGGCAAUGGUAUCAACAAUCCGACAAACAGAUUUGAGGAGGCGGUAACGGCUGCGGCAAUACAAGCGGCACGUGCUGCUGUCCUCGCACAAUCAAACAUUGCGGCACCAUCAGCGAAUUCCAACCAUUUCCAACAAUCUGCUGCACCUUGUGUCCGACUGCCGCAUCUGAAAAUCCCACAAUUUUCAGGAUCUGUAUUGGAGUGGCCCGAAUUCUGGUCCCUGUUCACGUCGACAGUGCACGAACACCCCACAUUAUCCAUUGUGUCCAAAUUCGUGUACUUGAAUGACAGCCUGAAAGGGGAAGCCAGAGAUGCAAUUGCUGGCAUAGCAUUAACUGAAUCCAACUAUCACUUGGCAGUCGAGACUCUUAAGACGAAGUUUGGACAACCUCAGUUAAUAAUCGGUGGAUUGUAUGCCCGACUUCAACAACUUCCGGAGGCUGGCCACAACUUUGAGAGCAUCAAAUCAACAUUCGACUCCAUUGACAAGAUUCUUCGACAGCUCUCUACACUGGGCGAGGAUGUGGAUAGCCAACGUCUUCUCAUCCACCAGAUUCUUGCAAAGUUUCCAUUGGCAGUCACAACUAAACUGGAAGAAACACGGUUCUCUCUGAAUACUCCAUGGACGGUAUCACUGUUGAGAACGGCACUGAGGCAAUUUGUGGAUAUUCGUACUAAUGCACUGAGAACUGCCCAGGUUCAGUCUGGUCAAUUGCCUACGAUUCUGGUACAACAAACACAAGGUCAAGAAGUGAAACAAACCAGCACACUUACAACCAAUUCGGACGCUGGUACUUCCCUUGUUGCCAAUGGACAUCCUCAUGGCAAUGUACGACCCGGCACACAACCCCCUGCAGCAACACAAGUGAUGAACAAGUAUACCGAACCUACAUAUUUCAAGUUGUCACCUUGUGCAUUCUGUGGAGGUGAUCACAAGCACAACGACUGUCAAACAUAUCGCACAACAGUGACAAGGAAACAACGGCUGACAGCUCAAGGUCGGUGCUACCUCUGCUUGCAACUCAAUCACCGAGUGCCACAAUGUCCCCAGAGAACGUGGCAUAAAUGCAACGGCUGCCACAGACAGGGUCACCACCACUGGACUGUUUGUCCAGAGCGGGAUGAAGGCCAUGGCCCGCAACCGUCUAAAGUGAACACCCUGCUAUCAAUCACGGAGGCAGUCCAAUUACCAUCAGCAAAUGUUUCAUUUCACUCACCCGGCAAGCCAAAGGUUACAGCCCAUCUCCUGCUUGACUCUGGGAGCCACAGAUCGUAUGUUACGAGGCGAUUAGCACAACAUCUUCAACUGGAAGUCUUGAGAACAGAGGAACUGGCUCUUUCGACCUUUGCAAGCAAUGCUGUCAAGACCAUCAACUCGGAAGUAGUCUGUCUUCCACUGCCCCUCCUCGGAGACCGUAUUCUGAAUGUAACUGCCAAUAUCAUUGACGAUGAAAUUACGAAUGCCAUUACUCGAGAACCACUGACAUCUACGGACAGGUCGUUUCUGCAAGAGCAAAUGAAUGGCAGCCCUCUUGCGGAUGCAGAAUUAAUGGCUUCGUCCAACACUUCGUUAGUGGUCGACAUCCUAAUAGGCUCUGACUACUUUUGGCAUGUGGUAACGGGCCACCGACUUCAACUUCCUUCGGGGCUCUUCACCAUCUCGUCUGAGCUUGGAAUGGUCGUAUCUGGUAAAGGCAGUCACAAGAACGGGACUUCGGAAAUCACAGCAAUGACUGCAGUGACUGCCAUGACUGCAACAGCUCAGACAUACCAGGACGUGGACACCAUGUGGAAACUGGACGUCAUUGGCAUUGUGGACAAUCCGACUAUUUCCGACGACGACCUCGCCCUUCAAAGGUUCAAUAGCACCGUUCAAAUCAUUGAUGGACGAUAUCAGGUCACCCUUCCCUGGAAGGAUAACAAUAGCAACCUCCCGUCGAACUAUGGUCUGGCUAUGGGCAGGAUGAAGACAUUGUCUCGGCGCCUUGAAUCAUCCCCCGAACUACUUCAUCAGUAUGAUACUGUCAUACAACACCAGCUGAAUACAGGGAUAAUCGAAGAUGCCCCGGUGCAAACGUCAGCGUUGACACAUCAUCUGCCGCAUCACCCAGUCAUCACGCCCACAAAGGCUACAACCAAAGUGAGAGUAGUCUACGACGGGUCGGCUAAGUCUACCCAGAAGGAAAUGUCAUUGAAUGAAUGCCUGUUUCGAGGACCGGUACUCCUCCCGCACAUCUGUGCUCUCAUGAUGAGGUUCAGGAUCUACCCGAUUGUCCUCUUGGCCGACAUUGAAAAGGCCUUCCUCCAGAUCCUAAUCCACCCAGAAGAUCGGGACGUGCUACGAUUCUUCUGGUACAAGGAUCCAACCAGGCCUCUUACUCCAGACAACGUCAGGAUACUACGGUUCUGCAGAGUACCGUUUGGUCUGAUCAGUAGUCCCUUCCUACUAGCAGCCACCAUUGAAUACCACCUGAAAGCAGCAGCAUCCGACACUGCACUUGCCAUCUUGAAGAAUAUCUAUGUUGACAAUGUAGUACUCGGCUGCAACAGCGUUGAAGAGGCCAUGCUUCUUUAUCACGAAUCCAGGAAACUGUUCAGCGAGGCCAACAUGAAUCUACGUGAGUGGGUAUCCAGCUCAUCUGAAGUCAACGAACGCCUACCCGAGCAACCUCAAAACUUGAGCGGCUCGCAAUCAAUGCUUGGCUUGAAAUGGAAAGUCGCUGCGGAUACGCUCAGCAUCGUCGGCCCCAAGCCAGAUGACUCUCCGGUAACCAAACGGACUGUACUCCAGACAGUAGCAGCUGUGUACGAUCCCCUGGGACUCGUAUCUCCUAUUACUAUCCAAGGCAAGAUAUUUGUACAACGGCUGUGGAUGGAAGGGCACAAUUGGGACAAACUGCUGCCAGAUGAACUUCUACGAGAAUGGAAUGUCAUCCUGCAAUCGUUAUUGACAGUUAGCGAGAUUAACAUCCCAAGAUUGGUAGGAAGCAGCGGUGAUAAUGGGUUAUACUCGCUGGUCGUCUUCUCAGAUGCUUCUGCUAAAUGCUAUGCAACCGCGGUCUACUUGCGACUGUCUACACCUGCUGGCACCACCUGCCGCCUGGUAUUUAGCAAGACCAGACUCGCACCUAAGGAGACCAGAGCCAAAGGAGAGACGCCAAAGACUGUGUCACUACCGCGGCUGGAACUUCUUGGUGUACUGAUUGGAGCAAGGGCUUUGAAGUAUGUGAAAGCACAACUCGGAAUCCCGAUCACCGCGUCAUGCAUUUGGACAGACUCGGCAUGCGUCCUUUACUGGCUGAAAACGUCAAAGCCCCUACCUCGCUUCGUUGCUAACCGUGUGGAUGAGAUCAAGACAGCUGAUGCAUCCUUUCGUUACGUCCACACGAGUGAGAACCCUGCCGACAUUCCAUCACGUGGCUGCUCGGCGGAUGAACUGGCGCACAACACCCUCUGGUGGAAUGGUCCACAGUGGCUGCUGUUGGACCCGAGCGAAUGGCCAACAUGGAACGUUCCUUCUCUGCCAGCACUCGCAGCAUCUGACACAACUGUAGCAACAGCAACGGAAGCUGCAGCGGCGCCAGCGUACAGUGAACUGGAGGGGGGAGCGAAUUGCUCCAGCCUCCGCAAGCUGUUACGAGUGACCACGCUGUGCAUAAAGUUUCUCAAGAAACAAGUGUGGGACAGACUGAGCACGGCUACAAAAGCAGCUGUGGCGUCACGACACGUCUGGUUCUCCAACCUGUUCGAGCGUAUGUCGGACAGACCAAGUGCUACGGCAAUGGACUUGCGCCUUGCUAAUGUCAUGUGGGUUCGAUCAAUUCAGGCUACCACGUAUCGCUGUACUUUACUGGAUAUCGCUAACAACAAGAGGAACACGCUCCAGAACCAGCUUGGUCUAGUCGUCGACAUCAAUGGAAUCUUGCGAUGUCAGGGUCGAUUGAUCCACGCCAGCAAGGGCAUCGACAACCUGCCACCAGCGCUCCUUCCUCGCCGGCAUUGGUUUACGAAGCUUGUCAUUCUGCAUCACCAUGAGCGCCUUCUCCACGCUGGUGCGGCACACACGCUAACGCAAUUGCGAGCCACCGUCUGGAUACCGCAAGGCCGACAGGAGGUUCAGGUUGUGCUGAAGCAAUGUCGAGUAUGCAGACGACACGAAGGUCCAGCUUUCGCUCUACCGACAAUGCCUCCCUUUCCAAAAGAAAGAGUGAUUCGUUCGGCCCCGUUCACGUAUGUCGGCAUUGACUACUUUGGCCCUGUUCAAGUCAAAGACGAACCCUCCAAGGUGUGGGUGUGCCUGUUUACAUGCCUGGCUGUACGAGCAGUCCACCUUGAAGUCAUCCCAUCGCUGAGCACCGCUAGCUUCAUUGACUGCUUCACACGGUUUGCAGCGCGUCGGGGGGUGCCCGAACUGCUCCUUUCGGACAAUGCAUCUCAGUUUCGGUUGGCUGCCACCACCUUUGACAUCGGAUGGCGCGAGGUCCUGAAAGACGAGUCUUUGCAGCAAUACCUCUCCAGUCGGCAAGUACAAUGGAGAUUCACGACGGAAUGCGCACCUUGGCAGGGUGGCGUAUACGAACGGCUUAUUGUACUUGCCGACUGGAGAGGUUGGCUGCCACCACCUUUGACAUCGGAUGGCGCGAGGUCCUGA